AUGGCCGUGGCCCUCAGCCGGGCUGGGGAGCGAGCAGGUGAGGGGCGGGCGGCGGGGGCACAGCGGGCGGGGGCACAGCGGGCGGGGACACAGCAGGCGGGGACACAGCAGGCGAGGGCUCACCGGGCCGGGACACACCGGGCGGGGGCACAGCAGGCGGGGGCACAGCGAGAGAGAGCACACUCCGACAUUCCGCGCCCCGACGCCGCCGCCCUCUCCGCAGGUGCGGUUGCGGCGCUGGCGCUGCUGUGGUUGCUGGUCUGCGCUCCGGGGGACGGCGGCUGUCACCCCCUGACGGUGGCCGAUCUCUUCGACCGGGUGAUCCGGCACUCGGGCAGGAUCCACAGCCUCUCCACGGCGCUCUACGCCGAGCUGGAAAAACACUUUCCUCCCCGUGACAACGAGCUGGGAAGGCCCGCUCGGAAGUGCCACACGUCGGGGAUGCUGACCCCUAACGGCAAAGAAUACGCCCAAAAAAUCCCGAGAGAAGAACUAACUCAUGUGAUACUGAAACUUUUGCAAGCCUGGAAAGAACCACUUUCCCACUUUAACCAGCAUAUUGAGCACCAUCAACAGUUACCUGAUGACAGCCUUAGCAAAGCUAAGCAAAUCAGCAAUAUGGUACAUGAGCUGAAGACUGGAGUUGAGAAAGUAACAGAAAAGAUGCAGUCAAUGGGGAUCAUCAGCAAUUCAUUAAAUGGAAUAGCAUCAUCUGAAGGCACUGGUUUAUCAAUUAGUAACGAAGCAAACAUGAUGAGUGACUCUGACUUCAUUCACUGUUUUAGGAGAGAUUCUAAUAAAGUACAAAGCUACUUAAAAAUUCUCAAAUGUAGGAUUAUGCCAGAAAAUAGUUGCUAAAUUGUAAU